AUGAGCCCUGCUGCAAGUCUUGUCCAGCAGAAAAUCAGGCUGUUCGUCAAAAAAUUAGGCAAAGGUUUCCAUUCCAAGAAAGCAUACAAAAAGUUGGAGCAUGCCUCUGAGAGCUCCAAGAAUAAGCACAAGGAUGGAGAUCAAGUUCAAGUUCCAGAAGGUUAUGUGGCUGUGUACGUGGGCGAAGAGCUAAGAAAGUAUAAAGUUCCUUUGAAGUGUCUCUCUUGUCCAGCUUUCCAAGAACUGAUCAUCGAGUCGCUGCCGGAUGUGUUGGAUGUCAAGAUUGAAGGGCCUAUUAUGCUUUCAUCAUGCCCAACCGAUCGCUUGCAUGUGUUGAUUAGAUUGCAUGCAUGGGAUAUUGCAUGCAUGGAAGUUUAG